AUGAAAUUAAUCAGAAUUUGGUUUGCCCUUACAUUAAUAGCGUGAAUACUACUUUUCGCAAUUUUCUAUUUUUCAAUAAAUCAAAGUUCAGUUUCUAAAGAAAUUGCUAUUUGAGACCUUCCAAAUUGAGGAAAUAAUAAACUCGCAAAUGUUAUUAAAUACCCAAAUUUCUCUAAAUUGAAAGAAGAAAUUCUGGCUCAUUUCGUUUUAUACCUUAAUAAUUUUUUAAAUUUUAUAUCGCAAUUUUUAUAUAUAGAGUAUACUUUACACAAGGCGCUGUUUUGAAUUUAAGCAAAGCAUAAUAUUUUUUUUAAUGGAAAAUUCCCAGCAAAAAAAAUUUACACAAAAGACUUUUUUUAGGAAUUAAUUAAUUCUAACAGAAAUCUCAUCAGAUUUAAACUAUUAUGAUGAUGAAGACACAAUUUUCCCCUUAAAUAUUGCCUGCAAACCUGAUAGCUUUGGCUAUACUUUUUCUGAAGCAGAGAGAUGAUUUCCCUCAAAAACCUAUCCAAGGUGCGAAAGCCUAUAUCAUUCAGAGCCUGGUAUGAUUAAUAUUGAUUUUGCAGAAAAUAAACUCUAUAUGAAUUGCUCAGGAUGAUACGUCUUAGGCCCAGCUUUUGAAGAAAUAGGCUCCAUGCCUUUUCUUAAGCCCCUUUUACCCUAUGAAAAUCCUGUAGCUCUAACUAGCCAAGAAUACGCUUUCGGAACUUGUGAUAAAUCAAAAUCAGACAAUUUUGAACACUUUGUCUAUAAAUUACGGCCAAAAGACCUAGCACUAAAAAGGGCUGAAAACUACUUUAAAGGAGAAAAGCCUUUAAAUAUUGUAAUGCUGGUAGUUGAUUCAUUAAGCAGAAGACAAUUUUUCAGAAAACUCCCUAUUUCACUGAAUUUUUUAAAAAAUUUGUCAUCAAAUUACUCUUUUUUUGACUUUAAACUUAACAAUGUUAUGGGAAGAAAUUCUCAUUUUUUUAUUAUGCCUGCUUUAUUUGGAGAUAUUAAAUACGAAGCUAUAUACAGACCUUAUAGAGAAGAUUAUCAUACAGAGAAUUCAAUAUGGAAAAAAUUGCAUGAGAAAGGCUUUGUUUCAUUUUUUGGAUCUGAUGGCUGCGUUGACAGUUUUUCUGCAUUUUUAGGCAGAGCACCUAAAAUUGACCAUAUAAUGGGCAGUGUUUUUUGUGCUGCAAAAAGAUUUUAUGGGUACGAUCAAGACUUGAAAUCUCAAAGAUGCAUUGGAAAUAAAAAUGCCCAUAAAAUAAUAAUGGACCAAAUUUUGCAGUUUUCUGAGGCUUAUAAAAAUGUUUCAAGGUUUUCUUAUGCGCAUAUUAAUACCAAUCAUGAGUCUACAGGCACGGUAAUUUCCACCCUUGAUUUAGAUUUAGCUGAUUUUUUAACCGACAUUACAAGCAGAAAUGAAGAUUUAGUGCUUUUUAUCAAAGGAGACCAUGGGCUAAGAGAAGGAGGGUGGUUCCAAACAACAGCUGGAGCUAACGAGCAUAGAAUUCCUUUAACUUUCCUUAUAGCCUCUAAUUCAUUUCUUGAAAAAAUUCCAAACAGCCUCCAAAUCUUAUCCCACAACACAAAACGGCUUAUCAGCAAUUUUGAUUUUUAUAACACUCUUCUCAGUCUUGGGCACCCAAACCAAACAAUUUUUAUUGAUAAUUCAAAAAAUACAUCUAGAAGAUACAGAUCUUACAAUUUAUUUAAAGACUGUAUAUCAGCCAAUCGAACUUGUGCAGAUAUCGGAAUUCCAUUAGAAUGGUGUUCUUGUUUACCAGUUAAAAAUAUAGAUGAGAAGCAUUUAAAUGAUCCAUUAAUUUUAAUGAUUGCCAAUGAAGUUUUACUGAAAAUUAAUAUGAUUAAUAAAUGCAAUAGACCAACAGAUGCUUGUGGAUGCAAAUAUUUAAGUCUUGGUAGUAUAGUCAAAGGAGGGAUUGUGGAUAAAAAUAAUGAUGUGUAUUUUAAAAUCACGUUUACGACUAAUGAAAGCAAAUAUGCAGUGUUUAGGACAGAUGUGAGAUUAUCAAAAAUAGCGAUUAAUGCGGAAGGAAAUGAUAUAUUCAAGUCAAUUCCAAUCAAAAUUAAAGACAUGAAAUAUAUGAAAAUUAUGAACGUCAACAGAAUUGACGCUUAUGAAAGCAAAUGUGUCAUUGAAAACAAACUUAAUAAAAAAGACCAAAUGUAUUGCUUAUGCAAUAAAGCUUAA